AUGCCUGCCAGUACGGAACUCGAGGCAGCUAACCAGCGAUACGCGGCAACUUUUGACAAGGGAACCUUGCCCUUGCCGCCCAGUCGCAAGGUCGCCGUCGUCGCAUGCAUGGAUGCGCGACUCGAUCCAGCCAAAGCCCUCGGCCUCUCUGAAGGCGACGCCCACGUAAUCCGGAAUGCGGGAGGUCGUACCAUCGAUGCGCUUCGCUCGGUCGUCAUUUCGCAGCAGCUGCUAGGGACCCGGGAGAUUGUCAUCGUCCAUCAUACUGACUGCGGCAUGCUCACGUUUUCAGACGAGCAACUGCGCGCCAAGGUUCGGAAGGACCUGGGCGAGGAUGUAGACCACAUCUCGUUCCUCCCAUUUGGCGAUGUGAAGCAGAGUGUUUUGGACGAUAUUCAGGUGCUGAAGAAGAGUCCUCUCGUGCUGGACGUGCCCAUCUCGGGAUACAUUUACGACGUUGCCAGCGGCAAGAUUGAACGGGUUGAUAAUUAG